AGCACCUGUUUAUUGUAGAAUGAGACAUUUAUGUAUAUAUGUGAGUUUGUUUAUAUUUUUAGGGUGGAAGAUUACGUGUACAAGAAAAGGUUUUAUUUAGUUAUGUAUUUUCAUUAUUAGUGCAGAUGCUCAUUAAUGUAUUUCAGCUAUAAUUAUAAUAAAUACCUGGCCUUGAACUGAACCACCAGUAUUCACGGUACUCUUAAAAAGCAGUAACCUUAACAUUUUAUUAAUAGAAUCUUACAGUUCACCUCGUGAAAGACGUUAGAGCGUGCAUGGGACGAGUGCGCAUGCGCGGCUGAGAGUGCAUGUGACGAGUGCGCAUGCGCGGCUGACAGUGCAUGUGACGAGUGCGCAUGCGCGGCUGACAGUGCAUGUGUCUGACAGUGCAUCUCGUCUGCAGCCAGAUGCUAUUGGAAUUCAUGACGUUCGGAUGAUAUGAUUUAACAAAAAAUAGCUUUUGACGACUUUUUCUUGUCAAAAAAGACGUCAAAUGUGUUAAUGGCCUAAUGUGGUCAAUUCUGAUGAAAGGAUUCAUUUGUCUCCACUUGCCUUUUUUUAAUUUUGGGCAAUAUUUUUAUUCAAAUGUUCAAUACAUUUAGAAAUUUGGCAGACGCUUUUAUCCAAAGCGACUAACAUUGCUUUAUCCUAUACAUUUUACAUAGGUAUUUGCAAUCCCCUGGGAUCGAACCCACAACCUUACGUUGUUAACGCUGUGGUCUUACCACUGAGCUACAGGAAAGCUAUAGUGAUGUUUUAGUUGUUGUCACAAUUUACAUGUUUGUGUCUAUUCAGAAAUAUAGUUCAACAAUAAACUCAAAUCAAAUAGUUCCCAAAUCUGCAAGUAGCAUUAAAUAAAAGAGUCUGCUGAAUGAAUAAAUUAAAAUUGCCCAGUCCUAUCUUGGAUUCAUUGAAUACAUUCUCUGGCCAUGAAGUUAAUCUUUAGAAGAAGAAUGCAUUUCAGUAACAAAACAUGUUAUGGACAUUCAUACUUUGUACAAUUUCUUUUUCCCUGUGAUGAGGUAAAUCCAGUAGAAAAGCACACAUUCAUGCGUUAUAUGAAGACAGUGAUGUACAUUCAGAGUUCCUCUCAAGUUCACACAGGUGAAGUUCAUCACAUUAACUAUUGAGCAUUUUCCACCAACAUUUGAUCAAAACAAAUUGUCCCAAAACUGUUUGUCUUCCAUUUUAAAAUUAUUUCUAUUGUUUAAUCAGCUUUAAUUCAACUGACUUCUCGUUGUCUACUUGUUUUGGUGAAAAGGUUCUUUAUUCUUUUGCUUCUCUUAUAGAGACAUUCAGAUGUUUUCAGUUUGAACGGGUUGAGACAAAUAGAACAUCACUUUAAAAACCUGAAAGUGAAACUGUUUUAAAAUCAAACAUCUUGAAGCCAAUAUUGUGUUCUGUUUUAUAAUGACAUUUAAAUGUCUAAUGUUCACAAAAAAAAUUACAAAUCCAGAGACAUGUCACAAAAGUAGAUGAGUUAAGAAGCUAUCUGCUUCCUUUCACAGUGGCAUAGAUGUGUGUUUUUGCAAGAUGUUACAGUAGAUUUACUCAUUUCAUUCCUUACAUCACCUGUUUACGGGUUUAGCUCUAAAGUUACAUCACAAAACUUUUGUAUCCAGACCCUCUUUAACCAAUCACAGAGUUAUUCUUCUCUCUUCGGCUUCUUGUUGACCACAAAGAACUGAAUUGAUUGGUUGUGACUAAAAUGUCCCGCCUCUGGCUCUGGUGAGAUAAGCUUGAGCUUGAGGGCACAUCUGAGUUGGGUGACACUGGCCGAGACCCACUUCCAUCCAUCCAUCCAUCCAUCCAUCCAUCUAUCCAUCUAUUCUCCAAUCCUGGUUGUCUUCUGCAGGGGAUCGACGGAUUAAAGCACGACACAUUCCCUUUCGAUUGUCAUUAGACGUGACUGAUUGUGAUCUCCUCAGCGGAUCAUUUGAUCAUGGACAACAUCUCUGCUCCGAAUCUCAACUCAAGCAUUUCUGGCCCUCUCCCAUGGUACCGUUAUGAGGUAUGCGCUGCAGUUCCUUAUGGAUUCGUCUUCUACUUCGGUGUCAAAGUGCUUAACCUCGCUGUGGGCUUCCCAACCAAUGCCCUCGUGAUUUGGCAGAUUAUGAAGAAGAAGAGUGAAGGCUCGACAUCUGACAUCUUUAUUUUCAACCUCUCUAUCCUAGAUGCAUAUUUCUGCCUCAUGACGCCUGUGGACAUGGUUAACCGCCUUUACCUGAACAAUGAAAAUGUCUGGCACUUUCAACACUUUGCUUAUGGACUGAAAGACAUGGCUCCAUUAUUCCUCACCUGUAUUUGUCUUGACAGGUACGUCGCUGUUGUCCAUCCUAUCGUAUUCACCGGGAUCAGAGACAAUCGUAUCCGGAUUGGCGUCUCUGUGUUUGUGUGGGCACUCAUCCUGCCGGUCGCUCUGACCAAGAGCAUCUUGGGAGUCCUCAGUACUAAUGAAGUGUUCAGUGGACUCAUCCUGUCGGCCUUGUUUCUCAUGGUGUUCUGUAACUUGUCCAUUAUCUGGGUCCUCAGGAAGAGCGUCGCUGGGAAAGAAACCACGAAUCCAGUCAAGAAGAAGGCCUUCAAAAUGGUGUCUACAGUUCUCGCCAUCAUCGUGGUUAACUAUCUGCCUCCUGUGGCUCUAAUGCCAUUUGCUUCCACCUACACAUUUGUGGAUCUCCGCUGUAAGAUCAGCGUUUCAGUGUAUGCCAUCAUGGACCUGAGCUCUACCCUGGAACCUCUUCUCUACGUCUCUAAGAGGGAGCGAUCCGCACUGUGCUGCUGCCCUCAGAGUCCCCCUGCGAAACCCAUCCAUGUCAGCGUCUGAAACACUGCAAAGAACCGCUUGAGACUCUUCAGACUCUCGUCUGCUUAUCUUCUUUUUUAGUGAAUCUUAACAAAAUCUUAUUACACAGCGCUCUGGAAUACUUGAACAUUCCAAGGUAUGUUAACCUAUAACACUGGGUCAUCCAGGUACUUGAUCGUAAAAUAGUUAAUUAGCAAAUAUAUUCAAUAUAAGUCUUAUGUCAAUAUGUCUAAUUCUAAAAAAAAAAGGUUUUAAUUUAGUUUAUCAUGGCAGAUAGGUAACAGCUUUUGGGAAUUUUUGAUAUUAUAAAUAAAUGGAUCAUUGUAUCCAGUGAUCUUCAGUGAUCAGUCUGUCGGAUAAAAUAACACUUGGACAUGUUCAUGCUACUCUUCACAUUUGCUGUUUUACUUGUUUUGCUGGUCAAUUCUGGUGAAAGGAUUCAUUUUUCUCCACUUGACUUUUAUCAUAUUGGCCAAUAUUGAGAUUCAAAUGUUUAAUAGUUUGAUGUUUUAGUUGUAGUCACAAUUUAUAUGUUCGUGUCUAUACAAAAAUGUAGUUCAACAAAAAACUCAAAUCAAAAUGUUCCCAAAUCUGUAAGUAGCUUUG